GUGGGAGGGACGAUGUACAACACGGGCCGCCACGUCUCUCUGCGAUUGGACAAGGAGCAUCUGGUGAACAUCUCCGGGGGCCCGAUGACGUACAGCCAUCGUCUGGAAGAGAUCCGGCUACACUUUGGCAGCGAGGACGGCCAGGGUUCUGAACACCUGCUGAACGGACAGGGCUUCUCCGGAGAGGUUCAACUGAUCCACUACAACCAUGAGCUGUACACAAAUUACACAGAAGCUGCUAAAAGCCCCAAUGGACUGGUCAUCGUGUCAAUAUUCAUGAAGAUUGCUGAGACAUCAAACUCAUUCCUAAAUCGAAUGCUGAACAGAGACACCAUCACAAGAAUAACAUAUAAAAAUGAUGCGUAUCUACUGACCAGCCUGAACAUAGAGGAGAUCUACCCGGAGACGAGUAGUUUCAUCACCUACGAUGGAUCCAUGACCACCCCUCCGUGCUUUGAGACCGUCACAUGGCUGUUGAUGAACAAGCCGGUGUACCUCACACGCAUGCAGAUGCACUCCUUGCGGCUGCUGAGCCAGAACCAGCCGUCUCAGAUCUUCCUGAGCAUGAGCGACAAUGUGCGCCCGGUCCAGGAGCUGAACAACCGCUGCAUCCGCACCAACAUCAACUUCAGCAUGCAGGGCAAAGACUGCCCCAACAACCGGGCCCAGAAGCUCCAAUACCGAGUGAACGAGUGGUUGCUAAAGUAGCCUCCCUUGGCUGAGCAUGGAGACGGGUGUCAGACGUGGAGAGAGGAAGAGGAUGGAGGAGAGGAAGAGCCCGUGCUGCAUCUCAUCUAAGAUUAUGUCAUGGCAUUGUAUAAAGACAAACAGCACAGGACAUUAUAAGGAACUUUGUAUUGCGAGCAAAAAGACACACAUUGAACAGUUUAAACCCUCUAACACAUGUUACCAAGCCCUGUCCCCACUGUACAACUAUAUCUAUACAGACAUUUUGAUACCAAUACUUUUUUGGGACAAAACCAAAAAAAAGACACUUGGAAAGAAACAAAAAAGAAUAUUGAUAGCAUCCCAACUAAUAUGAGAAUGAUGGGACUUAAAGCCUUUGUACAUAAACAUUUUGCUAUCAGUGGGAACAUCCAAGGACUAAGUCACUGCCCCCCCCCCCCCCCCCCUCCCCCCCGAAGUGGUCGGCCUCACACGGCUGCUGCAUCACAGUCACAACCCAGGCAUGCAAUCAGAAAACCAACAGAGGGAACCAAGCCUUACCUUGCCAUUUUCCAAAACCAGAGUCAUGUCAUGGAGACGAGCGAAUAUUUACAGGCUUUCUUACGGCCUCAGAACAACCGGUGUCUUUGCCUCGUUUGUACAUAUUAUUAUUAUCAAUACUUCAGAAAAAUGAAUAUGUAAAGAAAAGUAAUGAAUUAACAUUCAAAAGAUAUAUAAAGAGGAUUUUAAAAAAAGACAAAAAGUUGUGAAUUUUAAAAAGCUUGGCGCAGUCCUCCUGAAGUUCUCAGCCCGAGCCGAUGCCUUUUUCUGUUUUAUUGUUUACAAUGGUCAUACACUGUGUUUGAGUAAUGUUAUCCGCCCAAUAAAUGUGUCUGGACAGUUCACUUUGGAAAAUGCUUCACUAUAUGAGGAUCUGACUUAUUGUACCUGUACCUGUUUUGUACUGUUCCAUAUUAAAUGUGUUGAUAUGU